AUGCCCCGCGCAAUUCGAGGCGUCCUCGUCGAAUGCGAUCCGGCCAUCAAGUCGAUCAUUGUCAACAUUGACAGUGACAACCAUGACUACAUCAUCGAGGAACUGGACGAGGAGCGCGUCGUGAUUAAGGAGAACAUGGUCGCCGCCCUCAAGGCGAAGCUCGAGGAGCGCCUAGCAGAGAACCACCCCGACGACGAAUCCGGAUCCGAAUAG